AUGAGCGCAGUGCAAAGUGCUGCCACCAUAUCUAAUGCCACAUUUGUUCGUCCUGCAAAAUUCUAUCUCAGUGGGUUUUCUAACGUCCCUCAUGUGAAGUAUUUCUACGUCUUCUUGUGUUUUGUUUAUAUAAUGACUGUUCUUGGGAAUAGCCUCCUCCUCUCAGUUAUCUACCUGGUGAAGACUCUUCAUACUCCUAAAUACAUGAUUGUGUUUAACCUGGCUUUGACAGAUUUGUGUGGGAGCACUGCUCUCAUCCCAAAACUCUUAGACACAUUUUUGUUUGACAGGAGAUACAUUGUCUAUGAGGCCUGCUUAAGUUAUAUGUUCUUUGUUUUAUUCUUUGCCAGUAUGCAGUCAUGGACACUUGUCACAAUGGCAUAUGACAGAUUCAUAGCAAUUUGUUUCCCUUUAAGGUACCAUAGUAUUGUGACUAAACCGGCUAUUGCUGCAAUGCUGCUGUUUACGUGGGUGUGUUUAUCGAGCCUAGUAGGAUUUACUGUUGGGCUUAUUAAUCGUCUCUCCUUCUGUAGAUCUUUAGUGGUAAAGAGCUUUUUUUGUGAUCAUGGACCAGUAUACCGUCUGGCCUGUAAUGACACUUCUUUAAAUUACAUAAUGGCACAUGUUGCUUUCAUAGUAGCCCUCUGUAUUCCACUUGUUUUGAUAGCAUUGACAUAUGUUUGCAUUUCCAUAGCACUGAUCAGGAUUGCAUCAGGAGAGGAACGACUCAAAGCAUUUAAAACUUGUAUUUCUCACCUGAUUCUUGUUGCUAUUUUUUAUGUACCAUUGAUAAGCACCAACAUAGCGACAGUAGCCUCCUACAUCCAUCCUAAUACCAGGAUCAUAAACUCCACUCUGACACACACCAUACCAGCUUUGCUUAAUCCUAUAAUAUACUCUUUUAAGUCAGAAGAAGUGCUGAACUCAAUCAAGAAGCUUUACAAAAGAAGUAUGAUUAGCAACACAACCAAAAAAUGACAAAAAAUUCAGUGGGUUAAUGGAGAAAAUAAUAAGCAAAUUAAUCAAUAA